UUUCAGAAUUUCCGGUCAGGAGCUGCUGCAGGAGGCCGAGCCGAUCCUGGGAUCGCUCCUUGAGCAGAGCUGGUUUCCUUGCAGGACAUGGCACAGCCAGUGACACCGGAGGGACCCCAUGUCUCCCACAUGUACAAGGUGGUGCUGCUGGGCAGCAUGUCCGUGGGCAAGUCCAGCCUGGCCUACAGAUACGUGAGGAACGACUUCAGGGAGCUGCUGCCCACCGUGGGAUGCUCCUUCUUCACACAGAUCCUGGAGCUGGACGAGGCCACUGUCAAGUUUGAGAUCUGGGACACGGCGGGCCAGGAGAAGUACCAGAGUGUCUGUCACCUCUACUACAGGGAUGCCCAUGCUGCCCUCAUCGUUUAUGACAUUGCCAACAAGGAAACAUUCAGCAGAGCAAAGCUGUGGCUGGAGGAACUGGAGAAGAAAUUCCUGCCUGACGAAAUCGUGGUUGCUCUGGUGGGCAACAAGACAGACCUUGCUGCUGAGAGAGAGGUCACCACUGAGGAGGGGGAAGACUUUGCACAGACAAAAGGCCUCCUGUUCAUGGAGACAUCUGCAAAAUCCAACCACCAGGUGAACGAUGUCUUCAUGGCUGUAGUGCAAGAGCUCCUGAGGAGGGAGAAAGAGAAAGCACCCAGGCCAUCCCCACGUGGGAGCCCCACCGUGGACCUGAGGAUGAGCGGGACAAGGACGAGGUGCUGCAGGAGCUGAGGAUGUGACACUGCACCCAGCCCACCUCCAAAGGGGCACAGACAGAGCUCAGAGCUCUGGGACAGCUCAGAGAGGGGCUCAGAGCUGCAGGAACAGCUCAGCCUGGCCACCCUCCCUCCGAAAUCCCACCCAGAGCCCACCCUGGCCUGCUACAAGGGGUUUCUUCAACCCUUUGGCUCCAUUCUUAGCCGGGAGAUAAAGCACAGGGGUUUCCUCCACCAAUCUCCCAUUUCCAGAUUAAAGCACAACCUGCCAGGAGCACUGCCACCAACCCUGACUGAUGCCAUCCCCCCACCCCUGGCUGUCACCUCCUCCAUCUCCCCUUCCCUCUGGAAAGGGAGGGUUUAAUUCCCCAAA